GGUUUUUCGUACAUUCACGUCAGCACGCUUGUAUUUUUGGAAAACCGGAACAUUUCGGGGGAUAAUGGACAGUGAGCUCAUGGAACUUUACAUUUGUUCAUACCUAAAUAAGCUUUAAUACAGCAACGGGUUGGAGGACCUUGUUUUCUAAAUUUGCGUCGGCGGAAUCGCAGAUCUGAAACAGAAGAGAUGCCUAACGCCUCUACAAGACCUAAAAGGACGAGACGUCAGAGGCGAGCUCAGAGAGAAGAUGCUGCGAGAAAUGAGCUGGUGUCUCGAUCACUUGAGAGUGCUCAGCAGUGUCUGUUCAGUCAGGACUACGGCACUGCUUUUGUUCAUUAUCUCUUGGUGCUAAACAUCGCUCCAGCCCUUAAAGACUUUGCAAAUGAGUCAUUUAGAUUCACUCUGUUUAAAUGGGCUGAUGAGCUGGAUUCUCUGGGACGCAUUCAGGACCUCUUUGAUUGCUAUGAACAAGCUAUGGAGUUGUUUCCAGUCGAUGAGGUGAUAGUGAACAGCAUGGGAGAGCAUCUCUUCAGAAUGGGAUUUCGGGACGAGGCUGCCGGACAUUUUUACAAAGCACUCAAACUCCGACCAGACUUCCCAGAGGCAAAGGAGAACUUUUAUCGUGUUGCUAACUGGUUGGUGGAACGCUGGCAUUUCUUAAUGCUCAACGACCAUGGCCGGAACCACAAGUACCAGCUGGCAAUUCAGAAAGCUGUUAUGGGAGGAUGCAACACUGUUCUGGACAUCGGAACUGGCACCGGCAUCCUCGGAAUGUGUGCAAAGAUGGCAGGUGCUUCUGAGGUCUAUGGCUGUGAGCUGUCAAAGACAAUGUACGAGCUGGCAUGCGAGGUGCUCUCAGCCAACGGGAUGGCAGACAGCAUAAAGAUCGUUCACAUGAAGUCUCUGGAUAUGGAAAUUCCAAAAGACAUUCCAAACAGGGUGUCACUGGUUGUAACAGAAACUGUAGAUGCAGGGCUGUUUGGUGAGGGCAUCGUUGACAGUCUGAUUCAUGCAUGGAAGCAUCUUCUGUUACCGCCACCUAACACCCAGGAACCACUGUCCAGUCCAUCGCAAACAGGCCGAGUAAUACCUGCUGGUGCAACUGUGUUUGGAGUGGCUGUACAGUGCUACGAGAUACGUAGACACCACAGGCUAUGUGCAUCUACAGUGGGAGGGUUAGACCUAUCUGCAGUAGGACAGAUCUACAGUCCUGUGAGCUGUUCAGCGGAGUCUGAGGAUAGCACAGAGCCCUAUACUACUGAGAGACUGAGCCGUCUGCGUGGAGGAUACAUUCUACUCACACAGCCUUUCACAGCACUGGACAUAGACUUCAAUAAUGUGCAGGAGCUGGAGGGUCUUUGCUCCAGAGAGGUGACACUGCUACGACUACGUGUGACUCAGGAUGGAGUUCUUGAUGCUCUGGCUGUGUGGUUUCAGCUGCACCUGGACCAGGACAACCACCUGUCCACUGGCCCACAGGAGAACACAUGCUGGGAGCAGGCUGUCUAUCCUGUACAGAGUCCAUUCAAUACCGUGAAACGUGGUGAUGAACUGCUGGUGGAAGUUUCUUCUAAGGACACUUAUCUGAGACUGUGCUGUGUUGCUUUUGUAAGAGACGGACAAACAUUCCAUCUAGAUGAUCUAAAUAAAGGACCUUCCAAGAUCCUCACCACAAACCCUGAGGCAGACCUAUGCAGUGCUCUGGCUAGCCUUCAAACCAACCUGGAGAAACCAUCUCCCACUUUUUUGUUAGAGUGUUCAGAGAUCGCCCUCCUCAAUAACACAACAUAUCAUAACAGCUUCCAAAAGGCCAUGAGCAAACUACUAGCUUCUCUUAAGUCAACUAGGAGCUCACAGGACUCUGAUCCGGUCUAUGUACUUGAUGUUUCAGAGGGCUUCUCCGUGCUUUCCUUGAUGUCAGCCCAGCUAGGUUUAGAUUCAGAAGAAUACAAAAAACUCAGCACAGGGUUGGUUCAAGCCUACAGCUCGGUGGAGAAGGAACAUCACCAGGCGAUGCUGAGACUGCUGGCUAAAGGAAAUGGUGUGCCUGAAAGCACUCUGGAGUUCUGGUUGAGACAUGUGGAGGACGAUUCUGCUGUUCUGCAGCGGCCAGCCACUGAGAAGCUCUGGAGUGCAAUCAUCAUGGACUGCAUAGAAACCUGCGGCCUUAUCAGACAGAAACUGUUGGAGAAAGCGGUGUUUGCAAGGUGUUUGUUGGAGGAUGGUGGACAGAUUUUCCCAGAGCGUAUUGUGAUCCACGGCAUGCUCGUAGAGUCAGAUACACUGCUUCAGGAAAGCGCUGUUCAAGGAACAGAACCGACUCUUGGGUUCAACAUUGCUCCAUUCAUCAAUCAAUUCACAGUACCUGUUCAUAUGUUUUUGGACCUAUCCACCCUAGAGUGUACACAUCUUAGUGAACCAGUAGAACUCUUCACACUGGACCUCAUGAACAGCACUGCCAAUUACACCAACAAAGAUGUCAAAAUUCAAGUCAGUACUUCUGGCAAAGUGACCGCCAUCCCCUUCUGGUAUCAGAUCCAUCUGGACUCUGAGCUGAGCGUCAGCACCUUCAGUGCAGACUCUCACUGGAAGCAGGCGGCGGUGGUCCUCCAGCAGCCCCUUGCAGUGAGCAGCGGAGAAUGGGUCCAGCUCAGCAUCCGGCUCCACAAGAGCAGCAUCUCCAUAUCAGCUGUUAAAGAUGAAGGGCUUGGAGCUGAUGAAUGACGUCAGCAAGGGGAGGGGUUUGUAGACAUGAAACCAUCACAGAAAGGGUGCUUCUAAGCAAUAGCUCAUGAAGGGGAGGAGUUAUGAUUAUGUUAAGCCUGAAAUACAGUAAAGUACACUUCAAAAUGUACAAAUCACUGCUAAUGGGCAAUUGUAUUAUUGAUGUAUUUUACAAUGUAAAUAUUUUUAAAAAACACAUUUUACAUAAAACAAAUUUCACUACUAAAUUGUAUGGCUCGAUACAUAUUUUAGGUACACUUAUUGAAAUAUAAGCAGGGAAUAAAGGCAAUGAAUAUACAUUUCU